AUGCGCAGCCUACCACAACCCCCACCAAGCUUCGUUCAGAGGAAGCGCAAAAUCCUGGAACAGCUCGCAAUCCCAGACGCCGAGUACACGGAUGCGUCACCCAAGGGAUCGGUGGACGCCGGGAUUAGGGACCUGAUCGGUGAGAUCAAUUCUCUGGACGGCUUCGUCACAACGAGCAGCUGCGCGGGCCGUGUGAGCGUUUUUGUGGAGGGCAGGAAGUCGGCCGUCGAGGAGGAUGCAAGACUGGCCACCGUCGCUGGCGUUGGUGGCAAAGGAGGUGGUGGGAACUGGCUUUUCGUGUCUCAUGAUCCGGUCAACGUCGGCGAUGAGCAAGACCUCGUGGAUGUGUUCGGGUUGAGGAGCGAGCAACCGGAGAGCACUGCGGGUGGUCCAGAUGAACGCCUGAUUCAUUUCAAGUUUGAGCCCAUGAUACUCCAUGUUCUCACUGCCUCGCCAGAGCACGCGCAACUACUCCUGAGAUGCGGGCUUCAAGCAGGCUUCCGAGAGAGCGGUGCUAUAAACUUGACGGCUACAGCAACGGAAGCAGUAACCCCCAUCGUGGCGAUCAGAUGCAUGGGUCUCACUUUUGAAUCACUGGUUGGCAUACAGAAGGCCAACGGCAUUUCGUGCACCGUUUCAGCGGAUUAUCUCCAGACGCUCCUCAAGAUAAGCAAUGAGAGGUUUUCUGAGAACACGAAGAGGAUCCAGAGGUUCCGGACGGCAGUGUUGGAGGCCACGCAGCCUCCUAAGAAGAAAGACGGCACUGAGUGGGAAGACGCAGCAGCCCGACGCGAGAGAAAGAAAGCAGAGGGUCUCCGGAGAAAAGCAGAGCUGGAGGCCUCGAGGGAUCAGCAAUGUCCGUCAGACGAAGGUAUAGCCGCAGAUCUGUCCCUGAAUGCAGGCUUGACAUGA